GCGGUGCAUUGUGGGAGCGGCGUUCUAAGAUGGCGGCGGACGCCGCUGCCCUCAACUGGAGGCGAGUGUCUUCCUUCACGGGGCCGGUGCCUCGAUCCCGCCACGGGCACCGCGCCGCCGCCAUCCGCGAGCUGGUCAUCAUCUUCGGAGGCGGGAACGAGGGCAUCGCAGACGAGCUCCACGUCUACAACACCGCUACAAACCAGUGGUUUCUUCCUGCUGUUAGAGGCGAUAUUCCGCCAGGCUGUGCAGCCCAUGGAUUUGUUUGUGAUGGUACCAGAAUACUGGUAUUCGGAGGAAUGGUUGAAUAUGGAAGAUACAGUAAUGAUUUAUAUGAAUUACAGGCAAGUCGAUGGCUGUGGAAGAAAAUGAAACCCCAACAUCCAUCAACAGGCUUGCCACCUUGUCCUCGCCUCGGCCACAGCUUUUCUUUGUAUGGUAACAAGUGUUACUUAUUUGGAGGACUAGCAAAUGAGAGUGAAGACUCUAAUAACAAUAUUCCCAGGUAUUUAAAUGAUUUUUAUGAGUUGGAGCUACAGCAUGGUUCAGGAAUCACAGGCUGGAAUAUUCCAGUAACCAAAGGUGUUCUGCCUUCACCCAGAGAAUCUCAUACAGCCGUUAUAUACUGUAGGAAAGACUCUGGAAAUGCAAAGAUGUUUAUCUUUGGAGGGAUGUCUGGCUGUCGACUUAAUGACCUUUGGGAGCUUGACAUUGAAUCAAUGACUUGGUCGAAAUUAGAAUCUAAAGGGACAGUGCCACUUCCUCGUAGUCUCCAUACAGCCAAUGUAAUAGGAAACAAAAUGUAUGUUUUUGGUGGAUGGGUUCCACAGAACAUAGAUGAAAACUUAUCUUCUCAAGAUGGAGAAUGGAAAUGUACUGGCUCGUUUUCUUACUUAAACUUAGAUACUAUGGAAUGGAUAGGUCUAAUCUCAGAUUGUCAGGAAGACAAAAAUAACUUGUUGCCUGGCCCAAGAGCUGGUCAUUGUGCUGUUGUAGUUGGAACUCGUUUGUAUGUAUGGAGUGGCAGAGAUGGCUACCGGAAAGCUUGGAACAAUCAAGUUUGUUGCAAAGAUCUUUGGUAUCUCGAUACAGAGAAACCACCAGCACCCUCAGCGGUACAGCUAAUCCGAGCAACUACUAAUUCAUUUCAAGUUAAGUGGGAUGAAGUACCUACUGUGGAAGGGUAUCUUCUUCAGUUGAAUUUGGAUGUUCCAACACCUGUGGCUGAAAUGCCCAUUACUGUGGUUCCUGAGGCAUCUUCAGGAAUCAAGUUGGAUCUUCACAGCCAAACUCUCAAUAAAGCUCCGAACAAUGUACAAGUUUCUAUUUCUGAGACUAAAGGAAAGGUUUUGGAACCUGACAAUGCAAAGAAAAACCAUUCCAUUUCCAAAGAGCCUGGUGCCUCUUUACGUUUACCUGGUAGCACUUUAGUAAAUGUGACUGAAUUACUUGACUUUGACUCAAGAUCUCAAAAACUGGACACUUCCGUAUCCGGUAUUGCCUCUACUGCACAAAAUGUGGCAUCCCAGCAGGCUGUUAAAACUGAGUCAUCAAGUACAAAUGGGGCAGCUUUAAAAGAUGAAACUUCAUUAACAGCAGCCACGUCAAAACCUGAAGCUAAAGAGCCAACUAUGUCCUCAACUAGAGACACUUCUAUUAGUUCAGCUCUACAAUUGCCUAAAACAUCGCCGCCCAAACAGAAUGCAAGGUUGAGAAUGCAAGAACGAAGGUGGCAUGAUGUUGGUAUUUUUCAAAGCAACAAUGGUUUAGUGAACCAAUUUUAUUUACUAACAGAAGAAAAGGCCUUUAUUUCUGGCAAGGGAGACAAUGUAGAUGUUCCCAAUGACACUUUACUUAAGAAACAGGAUCUUACUCCUGGCACCUUAUACAGGUUCAGAGUUGCUGCAAUCAAUGGCUGUGGUGUAGGGCCAUUCAGUAAAGUCAGUGAAUUCAAAACCUGCAUCCCUGGAUUUCCUGGCGCGCCUUCCAUUGUCAAAAUUAGCAAGAGUGCUGAUUGUAUUCACCUUUCAUGGGAGCCUCCUGUUUCGCCUUCAGGAAAUAUCUUGGAAUAUUCCGCCUACUUGGCUAUAAGAACCACCCAGCUCCAUGAGAAUCCUAGUCAGCUUAUGUUUAUGAAAAUCUAUUGUGGCCUUAAGACCUCAUGUACAGUGACUGCUGCGCAGCUUGCAAAUGCCCAUGUUGAUCACACAUCCAAACCUGCCAUUGUGUUCCGGAUCUCAGCCAAGAACGAGAGGGGAUAUGGACCAGCCACACAAGUUCGGUGGCUUCAAGAAACGAAAACAUCAGGUUCAAAAUAGAAGCAUCAUGUUGUUACAGCAAGUUGUGGAGUAGCAAUUAGAAUUCACGAAAAUCUUCCAAACAUUUCGUUUUACAAUGUCUUAACUUCACAGCAUCAGUGCCAUACAGGUGUGCAGAACUGGACCCAUAGUGACUGUAUUUUUAUACUAUUUUAUCCAGUGUGGUCUCAGAGUGGAGUCCUUGGCUCAUAUCAAGAGGGUUACAUGUGUAUUUGAAUUUUUGGAGAGUCUUCCUUUAAGCUACCAACUUAUGUACCCCUCCCAGCCACCAACACAUUAGCUUCCAGCUUAUAGCAGUGUGCCAUAGCUCAGUGAGCAAAUGCUUGGCAUAUAAAGGUCCAGGGUUCAAUCCCUGGCGCAUCUUCAGUUACAACUUGAAAAGACCCUGGAUGGAAUUUUGAAGGGUCACUGUCGGUCGGAACAGACAACACUGAGCUAGAUUAUGUUUUAGCUCACUAUGUUCAUAGAUGUAAAUGUUCAGUUGAAUUUUUAAACUUCACUAUUUUUUUUAAAAAAAGGAAGACUGAUUUAGCAUGAAAAGUAUUAGAAGAAGAUGGAUGGGGUAGGAACGACAGGUAUGAACUUGUGCUAAUUUUCUCCUUAAACAGCUCUCAAUGCAAACUGACAAGUUUCAAAUCUAAUUGAACAGCUGCUUGAGGAUCUGUUGGAAGAAAGAGUUCCCAAGAAUGUUUGUCCCAGUAAUUGCCUAUUUAUAUUUUCUGUUGGUAGUUCUGAUCAUAAUUUACAAUUGUAUGUGUUUCAGCUACAUGUGAUUUGUCUCUCUUCCUUCCACACCCAAUUGUUAGGGUGUUGCGUCUAAUAUACAGCUUGCCACCAGGAUAUGCAUUCCAAAUCUCCCAUACCAGCAAAGUAGUGGUGGGGGAAAACAGGAAGCGUUUGUGUGUGUAUUUACAUAAGUAUAUAUUGAUAAAUCUGGCAAGGUGUAUUGACAUAUAUAAUUCUUGGAGUACUGCUGUUUCCUUUUUAAAAAACUGUUUUCAAAUUUACCGGUGGGAGUGAUAUGCAGCAAGUGAAAACAAUUAUAAGGGCAAACUCUCUGCAUAACUCAGCAUUGGUUUCUGCACUGACCCUGUGCUUUUCAGCACUGCUUAUUUUACCCAGACAGGAACUAAAGAAUGAUGCUUACUUACAAUGAUGGUUAGCUAAGGGAUGAGCAACUUCUUUCACAAAAAGGGCUGCAUUUAAUCACUGUUUUGGACACCAGGUUCAGCCUGUUAUGUCUCUCCUUUUUAGACACCAGUCCUGCAAGCACUGAGUUGAGAAUAGGUUCCCUUGAAUUUGAUGGGAAUUGCUUCUGAGUAGACAUGCACAGGAUCAUUCAACCAGGGUCUUUCUAGGUGGAAUGCAUGCAACCUGCCUUGUUAGAUAGCAAGCUGUUCAACAAUGGAAUGUGCUACCUUGGAGUAUGGUGGAGUCACUUUCUCUGUAGGUUUUCAAAUAGGGCGGAUGGUCAUCUGCCAGGAGUACUUUGAUUGGGUGCUCCUGCAUGGCAGAAUGGGGUUGGACUGGAUGGCCCUUGGGAUCUCUUCCAAUUAUGUGAUUCUGACUCUUAGUCCCCAUAGACUGAGCCCACAUGGCCAGUGGUAACUGAUGGUGGUAGUUGUGGUCCAGCACUGAGGGUCACAUGCUUUCCAUCCCUGCUGUUGACUUAGCUAUACAGCACAGCUGAAGUCCUCAUAUUUUACAAUGGAGAUAAUGUGAUACCAGAGGCAAGUCUUCCAACAAACUCUUAACCAGAUAUCACAUGAGAAAUAGGUGCAAGGUGUACCAAAUGCAGACUGAAAAAUCAUAAAUGUAUAGAAAUUGCUCAUCCCUGUCUUGAUCUAUAUGUAGGUUUGUCAGUGUUUUUUCUGGCUUAUAUUUCAUAUUCAUGCUACAUUUUGUGAGGUGAAUAUUUUCAUUUAUAGUAACUUAAAAUGUAUAGAAUAUUUUAAUAUAUUCCUUUUUGUAAAGAUUUUUCUAGUGUUUGUAAACACAUAAUCUUUGAAAGUAUCCCAAUGAUAUGCAACUUGUAAGUCACUCCUGUUCUGAAAAGCAAAGUCAGUGUGAAUGCACUACUAUUACUAUUUCUUAUGGGCAUAGAAAUACUAAAUCUGUAGAUAUUUUGAAUGUUUACAACAGUUUUUAUACGUUAAAGUCCUCCAUAAUAAGUGCUUCGUUUGGGAAAAAAGGAAAAGAAAACUGUAUGCUUUGUUUCAGCAUAUUCAUGCUAUUUUGCACUAAAUGUGAAUUUAACUUUUGUAACAUCUUUGUGUUACUUCCAGAAAAAAAUUUUAGUGUAAAAGUUAAAAGCAAAUUUGCACAUAUUUGCAUGUUUCUGUGGCAUACAUUUUCAUUUCCAUUAGUUUUCUCUGUGGCCUUUUUUUUGGCCUUAUGUUCAUAUCCUAAUAAUGAGAUUUAAUGUUAAUCAUGUUAUCACUAAUGUGCCAGCUUCAACCCCCUUCACAUUUUUCCUGCAUGGAUGUAGGAUCAAAACCAUUUGCAUACACCGAAAUAGAUGCUUGGAUGGUGUUGACAAAUGGCAUUGUAAAUCUUUAUCCUACACCUUUUGUAGCAAAAAGUGUUCUGUGGGAAGCAGCUCUUGAAUAGGAAUGUUAAUCUGUUCCUAACCACACAAGUGUACUAACUAAAGGCAUUUGAAUGCCCUUGUAGAGAUAGUUGUUGACCAAAUUAUAGCGUAAAAUAUCUGAAUUAUGCCAGUACAUUAGAUUAAUAUAGCAUAAAGGGACAAUCCAUUGGGAACACCGUGUUACGAAUGGCAGCACUACUUACAUUCAUUUGAGUGAGCAAAGGUUCUUGUGGACUUUUACCCUUUCGUAUCAAAAUGAGAUUUGCAAAAGGUGUUUUAUUUUGAAACCUGGUUAGAUGCAUAUGUGCAAUAAACUGACUAUUUUGCACUUCGAUUUUCCCCUUAAGGCCUAAUCAGUUAAGAUGGGAAUUACUUGAUCUACACGAUCAUUUAAAAGUGGAUUAUGGUAAUGCUAGUGUUUUACAAUCAUUUCUUUGUACCUGCAGAAUUUCUUUGGGGAAGGCCACUUGUAGUCCCAUUUAUCAGACCAGGGGAAGCUAUGCUGAGAAAAAGUGACUUGCUGAAAGUCACACAGUUAAGGUCUAUUUUUUAAAAAUGUACGACUUCAGAAUAAGGUACUCCAACUGCAUCCUCAGAACUGAUUAAUAUAGUGAGAAAGAAAUACUUAAUCAUAUGACCAUGAAGUGAUCCAGUGUAUCAGAACAUAGUUUUUGUGGCCAGCAUUGCAUAUCCUACAGCACUCUAAUGCCAUGAAAAAAAGAGUAGGAAAUGUCUAUAGCUUUUAGGUAGUACUUUUUAUUGGAUAUUCCUUAAAAGUGUGUGUUAUUUUUGUGCAUAGAAGAGGCUUAAGCUAUAAUUCGGUGAAUUUUUAGUAUCAACCUCCAAAUGGCAAACUGUUAUUAUCAUUGUCAGCUCAGUGAAGUAGGUUAUGCAGCAUUUCACUUCGCGUAUUAACUUUUUCUGAGAUGAAUUUUCUACAUCCUGUUGGAAAAGGAGUGUUAUUUAUACAGUUGUCCUUUCCUGUUCGCUGUUUUGACUUUUGCAGAUUUGGUCAUUAUUUGCGAUUUUUCACUUCCACGGGGGUCUUAUGCUCCUAACACCAGUGAAUGUGGGGUGCUGGCUAUGUUGCCUAAUGACAACUGGCACCCUGUUAAUGACAGAUGCAUAUAUAAAAUUUCGUAUUUGGGGCAGAGAGCUGUUUGUUCACCUUCAUGCUCCCAUCAAAAACCUCCCAUACCUGGCACGAGUUAAGUCCUGUAAUGGGCUGCUGUUGCUGCUACUCCUUCAUGUCAGAAGGAAUGAGGCAGAGGAGGGAAGGCAAUUUAGACCAAGAAGAUUCAGUUGCUUGAGAUCCUGGGGGAAAUGGAAAAAAAAGGGUGCACUCUUGCCCUCAUUUCUUCUCCCACUAGUGGGGAUCAACAGCUUCUGUAUGUCUUGCCAUGUUAAGCCGCCCUGAGUCCCCUUUGGGGUGAGAAGGUGGGGUAAAAGUAUAGUAAAUAAAUAAAUAAAUGUCUGAAUUGCCUACCCCUCUCCACAAUAAGUGACAGCUGCAGAGUUCCACGGUGGGGGUUAUUAACUACUGGGUAGCAUAGGACAUAAAACUACAUAUGCAGAGCUAUACACACACACACAAGAUCCCAGCCAAGGUGUCUAGCCUUUGGUUCACUGACAUUGUGCACAGACUGGACUUAUUAACUGUUUGUUUGAUAAAUACCCUUUCUUAUUUGUGCAUUUUCCGGGCUGUAUGGCCAUGUUCCAGAAGCAUUCUCUCCUGACGUUUCAUUCCUUUUCUAAUGGAUUUGUGCAACAUUCGUGCCAGAAAAAGCUUAAGCUUCAGAUAAUUCUUAGCAAUUAAAAUCACAUAAGCUAUAAAUCCGAGUUGGGCAAAGUACUGCUGAACAGCAUCUUCCAGCUGCCCUUCCAACAUAGCCAUUGGUGAGGGAUGCUAGGACAAGAUUUGGAUGAUCACAAAAUCCCCACUUCUGCUUUCCACAAAUACAAGCUACCUUUUGAUAUUCCUUGCAUUGGUUGUGGCUGGCUGAGGCACUUCGAUAUGGUAGGAAGACAACCAGUUGAGGAAGACUGCCUUAGAUUGUUCUUAACCAGUACUGUGAAAUACAAAUUUUGGAAAAUUUCUACAGUUGUAGCCUUUAAAGAUGGAGGCUUGCCUAAGAUUGUACCAGGCCUAAGAUGGCCAGGAAUGUGUCGUUUCUUCCUUUACUUGUCACAGACAAGCAGUGUGCUUCCUUCCACUAUGGUCUUUCGAUACACUACUUCCAACUCUGGAUUAGAUCCAGAUCUGCCAAUGACCAUGGAGUGAAAAGAUAUACCUUUAUAAAUAUGGGAAGACUCAAAAAGAGUUGUGAAAUUUUACAACCCUUUUUGAUAGAGGGGCAUGCCGUGACAGGAUGUGAGAAUUUUGUUGUGUGGCUAUUCAGUUACUAAUAACUUUUGAUUGUAGAUACAGUACUUAACAAUAUGAUCUGUUGAAUACAUCUGUGAGUAUUUUGCACUUUGAGUUCAUGUAUUUCUGCACUUGUUUUUAAAAGGAUUAUCAUGACUACCAAAGGUAAAUUUACAGUGGUGUUAAUCUAGACAUGAUUUUCAGUGUAAGUGUAUUCUUAGCCAUAGGCUAUUAUAUAAUUUGUCACAUGUCUAGUUUCCCCCAUAGUCAACAUAUUAAUACCAUGCAUAAUGGUUCUCUGUAGUAGCCCGUCCCCCGUUUUUAUACUGUAUAACUAUUUUUGUGGCCUGUUUCUCUCAAUAGCACUUAAAAUGUAUAAAUCUCAAUUUAGAGUUUAUAUUUGAAGCCUAUUUUAGUCUCUAAUCAUUAUACUUGGCUAUCAGACCCACUGUAACUUUACUUAAAAUAUAAAUCUGACUGUUUGAGAAACUAAUAAAAGCUCUUUUUAUUUGCUUUUGUAAAAUAUGUGUGUAACAUCUUGUAUACAUCUGAAUCCAUCAUGUAGUAAUGUCAAGGAAUAAUAGACUUAGUAUGAAAGUUAUAAAUAGAAGUUCAUGCUAUUUAUGACAUACUGCAUCACUUCCACUUAAAAGUGUUUUGUGACUGAGUAUCCAGCUAUAUGAACAAGAAACUGGCCUAAUUCAGAUUAUAUUACAUCUUGAAAGCCAAUGUGAAAUACCUUUGCCUUGCUCAGUGAUUGUGCUCAUACCUUUGUGAUCUAAGCAUUCCAGGAAGCCAGUACUUAAUUACCAUGUCCUGUUUCAGGAAGCAGUUGCCUAUAUCCAAUUUUUAUUCCCAAAUAAAGUAGGCUCAUUCAAUUAAUGGCAUCUUGAAUUGUAGUGAUUCACCAAGUCCACAUUCGUUAGGAUUAACAUUUGGAAAUAGACACAUGGUUAGGAAAAGUGAAUCUAGCUAUGCUUUGCAUUUGUUUUAAUAUGAAUUGGAACUUUCCUGGUCUGAUUAUUGGGGCAGUAAAGUGGAGAAGGCUAUUUCACAUCUUGGCUUAUUAAGAUGGGGUAUAAUAAUCUGAACAGCCAUUUUAAUGUAUAAUUUAUAGCAAUAUUUGAGCAUAAUUUUGAAGUAGAGCACAUUGGUAAGCCAUUGACUUUACAAAAACUGGAACGUGGGGAUAAGUAAAGCCAGAUCAUGAUUGUCUUAUGGCCUUUGGCUGCCAUGUUCUGACAGAAAUCCAAUAUUUUGUACAAGAAAAGCAGCAUUGUUUGUAAUAAUAAAGUGAUUUGUCCUAA